AUGAAUACCCCUCGAAAUGAACACACAGCAACGUUAUUAUUGAAUGGAAAAGUAUUAGUUACUGGUGAAGAUAAUAAUAGUCCUGUAGUAACUGCUCAAUUACACGAUCCGUUGACUAAUAACUGGACGCUGACAGCAAGUAUGAGUGUUCCACGAAAUUAUCAUAUAACAUCGGUGCUAUCCAAUGGAAAAGUAUUAAUAGCUGGCAGAAAUAGUUCUAAUACAAGUUCGGAAUUGUAUGAUUCAGAAACAAAUAGCUGGAAAACGACAGCAAACAUGAAUGUUGCUGGCGUGUUAAACUGA